AGUUGGUUAUACAUAUUGGCGAAAAUCCCAGUAUAAAAUUAUAUCCAUCAUCUAAUAACCCUGGUUGGUCCAUAUGAUUUCUAACGAGUACCCAUAACGAAUGACUGGCCCACAACUUCCGUUUAUGAGACAACAGCCGAGUGAAUAAUUAACUUAUCGCACUACCAUCGCAAUAGCCAUUAGACAUAUCUUAGUUUAUUUUUUCAACUACCGUUGUAUAGUAUAAUUUAAACUAUAAAUAGUUAAUUAUAUUCGUCGUUAAUUAUAACCGCGUGUUUUAGUGACUAAAAUAUAAUGAAUUUAAACGGAACAAGAAAACCGCGGAUAAAAUGUAUAAUGUGCAACAAAAUUAUAACACGUCGUUUUUAUUUUUUAUUUUAUGGGCGGACGGGAAUAAAUUUGAGUGAUAAUAAACAUUAAAUAUUAUACCAUUAGAAAAAUUUUAAACCAAUAUACAUUUUGUUACGGGAUUAGUGCUUUAUCCGCGUCGUUGUUUACGAUUAUUUCGGCGAGCACACGAACUCCAAAUAGUUGAUGUUUGUUUGAAUUCGUCGAAUUUUCAUCGGUUGUAAAUAUCGUUUUUCGUAGAACCACAGGUGCGUCUCUUCUAUUCUUGAGCUUUGUUGUUCAAAUUAAAAGACGCGGUUUCGUCGAUAACGCGAAGACGUCUGACGCCGAUCGUCGUUAUGAUUCGGAGAAAAAUGACGUCGUCGCGCCAAUCGGCGGUGUCCGGGAAAACCCAAUGUCGCGAUAGACGAUCGUUUCUAUGUGUUUGUUGCGCGGACUGCAGCGGAGGCGUUCGCCGAAUUUAUUUUGUAUCUGUUGUCGUCACCUGUUAUCCGGGCCGAUCGUCGUCGCAACUUGUUGUUGCGUUGUCGUCGCUGUGAGCGAGCGCCGCCGCGGCCGGUGUGGUAAUUAUUAAUUCUGCUGAUGCUUCGUUGAUUUGUUUGAUUAGGUACUUUACAGCCCGGUUCGUUUAAGCAUUAUAGAAAUAAAGACAGACGAGGGAUUUUCGGCGACUAAAAUUGUAUUUUAAAUGACUACCGGAUAGGUAGCGUUGUAUGUAUUUUAAAGUUAAUAUUUGAGUGUCUAUGACCUUUUUUUUAAUCUUAUUGAGUCAUAUGCACAAUCGAAUACAGCUGCGAACAAGGUAUUCUACAGCAUUUACAAGUGUUGGGAAGAGGCCCACAGAUUCCGUCAUCCAUUCAAGGUAUAUAAUUAUUUACCUAAUGAAACACUAUACAUAUAUUAUGUCAAAAGUCAAAAUUCCAACCGGUCGUGCUAAAAGACUCGUCUAUUAUGGACAUAAAUAUUGGUCGACGACCCUAAGGUUUCGGGGCCUAUCAGUGGGAGGACAUCGUGGACUACGACACACGAUGACAGACGUUGUCUAUGUGUCGCCAUCAUGGCAUUUCAUCACUACCAUCUGUAUACAAUAUUACAAUGUACAAUACGAAUGUUAGAUAGUAGGUGACGCCUCUAAAAUACUGCAGAUAACAAGCAAAUGGUUAAUAAAACGUUUUGAUACUGCAAUGUAAGCAAGUGGGGUUUAUUUUUAUGAUGUCAGAAUAGAAAAAUUGGACCGAGGGUAACAGAGAAUGUGAGAUAUUUUUUGAGGAAAAAAAAGGAGAGCAUGAGAGCAUAUGUAUUGUCUUGUUAUUUGUAAAUUCGAUUGUUUAAAUUAUAUUAUAGUUGUCGACCACUUGUUUACCGUGUUUGGUUUAGAUGUAUUAUAG